AUGCCUGCCUUUGCCGUCAUCUACAUGGCCAAUCAGGAGCUGGUGGUGGCCUUGCUGAGCCAGCUCUGCUGGUCGGCCUGCAAACAGCCGGAGGGAGCUACGGUCACCCAGUUGUUCAAGCCUGAGCUGCUUUCAUCCCACAAAGAGGAGCUCUUGGACCAGCAACAAGGGGACAUGAAGAUGGGGGCCAUGAAGAACCUUCUAGCCCCCAUGGGCACUGUGAUCACCAGGCUCGUUGAUGUGGGCAACCGCGAGCCUGCUCUCCAUGCCUCCAUUGUGACCAGCUCCGUGGCCUUGCUGUUCAAGCUCUUUCUAGAUUCCUACUUCAAGGAGGGGAACCAGCUUCUCUGCUUCCAGGUUCUGGGGGUGAUCUGCCACCUGGUGGCCGAGGUGCUGAGGCAGCCUAUGCUGGCCUCGGGCCCCUCUGUGGUGCUAAGUGUGUGCCUCCUGGAGCUGCCUCCGAGUCAGAUCUUGGACACGUGGUGCCUCGUGCUGGAGAAGUUCCAGUCCUUGGUCUUGCCCUGUUUGUGGAGUGACACUGACAUGGCCCUGAAGUCACUGUCCCUGAGCUCCCUGCUGCAUUGCAUCACAUUCAACGUGCACAGCCUAGACAGCAGCACACCCCUGCUUGUCAUCAGACGGAUGCAGUGCACGAUGGCGCGGAUGCUGGGAGAGCUUGUGAGGCCCCUGCUUGUCCUCCUCUCGGAGCACCCGGGCCCAGCAUCUGAUCUGUGGCUUCAGAAGGUCAGUGACUUCGCCCUCCUGCUCUCCUGCACCUGGGACCAGGUGGACACCACGCUCAGUCUGCACUGUAGCCAAUAUCAUUCUGUGUCUCGGGACCUGGCAGGGGCUGCCCUGAAGACCCCAAGCCUCCCUGUGCUGCUCCAGGCAGCUUCUGGCAAACAGCUGGGAAGUCAGAGCUCUCUGGGCAGGCAGCUCCUCCUGGCGUCUCUCACCAAGUUGUGCCAGUUCCUGGGGCCUUUCAUCCAUGAGCAGAAGCAGCCCCAGAAGGCCCUGGAUGAACUGGCUGCGCUGCAGCAGCAGGUCGUUCUGCAGACGGGCACCAUGCUGCUGCUGUGCUCAGCAUCAGGGGCCCAGGGCCAGCACCUGCCCGAGGCCCUCAUCGCUUCUGCCACCACGCUCCUGGAAGCAGACCUGAGCUGGCACUGUGGGGACAGAGGAGCAGACACAGGGCCACCCCUCCAUGCUGCCUCCCACCAGGGCAUCCACUCUCAGAUCUUGUCGGAGCUGCUGGCUCUGGCGGGCAACUCUCAGUCCUUCCAGGCAGCUUUGCAGUAUUUAACUCUGUUCUUUCUGGCCCCAGAACUCCAUCCCAAGAAGGGCUCCGUCUUCACCUCCCUGUUUCAUUCUGUGAGAAAAGUUCUUGCAGAUCCUGAAAUUCCUGCUGAGGCUGUCUUGUCAGCCUUCACGUUGCUCAAGCUGCUGCUGAACUGUCCGCUGCAGGGAGAGAAAGCAAGUCUGCUGUGGCACGCGUGUCCCCACAUCAUCAUGGCUCUCGCGGACAUCGUGGUCAGUGUAGCACAUUGGUUUACUCGGGAGCAUGGCUCAGAGUGCUGUGCUGCAUGUCUCACGUGUGGCUUCCUCGUGCCGAGAAGCUGGACGAAUCGCCUUGUGUCGGGGCUGCCUGUUGACAGCACCAGCUCAUUUUGGAGCCUGGACCUUCUCACCUCCGUGGUGGUCGGGCCCAUCCUGGCCGUGCUGGCUGUGCUGCUGCAGCAGGGGGAGGAGGCCGUCAGCAACCCCCACCACGUCAGCCGGGCCCUCAGCGUCCUGCUGGCCGUCCCUCUGCAGCACCUGAAGCCCCCGGGGUACGGCAGUGUCUUUCCCAGGGUGCACGGCAUGCUGUUCUACAUCCUGCAGUGCCACCCCAAGGUGCAAACACAGCCAUGGGCCAUCCUGUCCUUCCUCAACUGUUUUAAUAGAUUGGUGUUCUCAGCUAUGCAUGGGGGGUGGCAGAGAGAUGCAGGAAGCACGGAUGACCUGCCCAUCGUCGUGGAGUGCGCGUGCCCGGUGGAAGGGAUGUACAGCCACAUCGGUGCAUGAACCGAGGACCUCACCGUGUUUUCCCCUUGUAUGGUGGCCCAGUACGUGACGGAGGUGCAGAACGUGGCCCUGUCUCCAGCUGUGCGAGGCCUGCUGCAGGAGAGCGUCUGCCUCAUCCCGGACCUCUGCAUCGACCCUGACGUCCAGUUCCUGCGG